AUGGUCCUCUUAUCAAACUACACACACACACACACACACACACACACGCACAGAGUGUAAAACAUGGAGCAGAAGAGGAUCCUGUGUGUCGGGUUGGUGUGUUUGGACAUCAUUAACGUGGUGGAUAAAUUUCCGGAAGAGGACACGGACACCAGAUGUGUGUCCCAGAGGUGGCAGCGAGGUGGGAACGCCUCAAACUCCUGCACGGUUCUGUCUCUGCUUGGUGCUCCCUGUGCCUUCAUGGGUUCUCUGGCUGCAGGACCAAUUGCUGACUUCAUCCUGAAUGAUUUUAAAAUGUACCACAUUGACGUGUCUCUUGUUACUGAGCAUGCUCAGUGCUCAUGCCCCACCUCCGUCGUCAUCGGCAACCAGACCAGCGGCUCACGCACCAUCCUGCACAUGAACAGCUUCAUCGUGGGUGAUUUUAGCCGCCGCGGUGUGGAUAUUUCUGGUGUAGCGUGGCAGCAGUGUGGCGUGACGCCGUGUGCGUGUUGUAUUGUUUGUCAAAAGUCAGGUUCCCGCACCGUGGUUCUCUAUGACAUAAACCUGCCUGAUGUUUGUGCAGACGAUUUCUCACAGUUGGAUCUCAGUCAGUAUCGGUGGAUUCACUUUGAGGGUCGUAACGCUGAUGAACAGGUGAAGAUGAUUGAACAGGUGAAAAGCUACAAUGCCACACAGGAAGAGAAGAACAGGAUCACCAUCUCCGUGGAGAUCGAGAAAACCCGCCCCUCUCUCUAUCAGCUCUUCCCCCACGGAGACGUGGUGUUUGUGAGUAAAGACGUGGCGCUGCAUUUCGGGUUUCAGUCGGCGUCCAGUGCAGUGAAGGGGUUUUACAGCCAAGUGAAAGACGGGGCCGUGCUGAUCUGUGCCUGGGCCGAGAAAGGUGCCGAUGCGAUGGGUCCUGAUGGUACUGUAGUGCACUCUGACGCUUUUCCUCCUGAGAAACUGGUGGACACACUCGGAGCUGGAGACACUUUUAACGCCUCGGUCAUUUACACCCUGUCUAACGGAGGGUCUUUACAGGAAGCGCUCACAUUUGGCUGCCAGAUUGCGGGAAAGAAAUGCGGCGUUCACGGCUACGACGGGAUCCUUCAGUGAAAACUGAGCUGAAGAUGCAGAUGUUCAGGAAAAUCACGUGCGGUUUAAACGCCACGUUCCUGCCGAUCAGAAGCUUUAACAACAUCAGUAUACAAUCUUUACGGUAAAGAGGCGUUCAUUUAGAAGCAGGUGUUUGGGCCUCGUUCCAAAUCUUCACUUAUAACACACCCUUGUACAUUGCCCUUAGUUGAGUUCCCUUUUAAGGGUGUAAGGGGAAGAGGGUCAGAUGAGGGACUUUUAUAUUUCCAAGAAUAUUUAAUUCCUCCAACUCUUUUUUUUUUUCCCUGCACACUGAUGAUGAUGUCACUAAUUUACUUUAGCAAUUUAUCCAAAUACCAGCUAUAUAAAUAUCGAGUGAACUUAUUAGCAUGCUAAUCAGCUAUUAGGCUAGCUAGUAAAUUAUCGAGCUGAUAAUUUACUGUACAAACAAACCUGACCGAAACGUUUCCCUGUGAAAUCUCACUGUGAGAUAUUGAUGUAUUUAUUUUUUAAAAAAACAAACAAACACUGGAUAUUAAACACAUUUUUUUUUAAAUGAGCCAGUUCUAUCAAUUCAUCUGUUCUUUACAUUUCACUGAAUGCAUGUGAGAAAUUCUACAUAAAUAUUCAUUAAAAGUAUAAAAAAUAAACAUAAAACCGCUUUUGCUCUGCGUUCAGCAUCUCAACAUCACACACAGUCGCUUCAGUUCCCGGAUCAUCAUCAUCAUCAUCAUCAUCAUCAUAAUAAUAAUGAAGAAAGUGCAUGAGAAAUAAAAGUAUAAAAGAAUAUAAGCACAUAAAAACAAAAGAAAUAAUUAACAAAGAGUUUGAACAAAAAUAAAAUGAAAACGGAAGAAAUAAUAAAGAAUAAAGUCUAAAACAUCUUAAGCUGCUUUUUAAUCGGAUGUAGUGUGUUUGUGUGAUCUCGGUGUGUGUGUGUAAAGUGUACAAAUGUCCGUUAGAAAUGUAAUUUAAUCGAAGUUGAAUUCGGUUUCCACAACUGUAUUAUGUUCAAGGGAGAUUCUUAAUUAAACAAAAUAAAAACAACCACAAAAAAUU